AUUCAGUCCUAUUUAGCAACAAUUGAUGGAGAGCAGUUGGAGUCUGUGAAAAAUGACUUAAUUGCUAUAAAGGAGAUUUUUGUUCCAAAGGAAUCUGAUGAUGAAGUGGUGCAGGCACAGAAAGCAGAUAUGGGAGAAGAGUUUGUCAGCAUGCUCACUGAACUGCUGUUUGAAUUGCACGUCGCUGCUACUCCUGACAAACUUAACAAGGCUAGGAAAAAAGCUCACGAAUGGCUGGAAGAAGCCAGUUCUUCCACCCCAGUGGACAUAGAAGAGAAGUUGAAAGAAAAACCCGGAGAACUUGAUGAAGAAAAGACUGAAAAAGAAGUUAAAACUGACAGUGAUAAAACAGAAGUAGAUAGAAGCAAAACUGUGGAGGAAAUAUACAUGCUGUCCAUUGAAAGUCUUGCUGAGGUGACUGCUCGUUGUAUUGAACAGCUUCACAAAGUAGCAGAAUUAAUUCUGCAUGGGCAGGAAGUAGAAAAAACACCUCAAGAUCAAGCAAAAGUACUGACAAAUUUAACAAGUGCCAUGUGCAAUGAAGUUUCAACUUUAUCAAAGAAGUUUUCCGAUUCUUUAACAGCCACUGGGAGCAGUAUGAAGGCAGAGGUUCUUAACCCCAUCGUCAACAGUGUGCUAUUAGAGGGUUGCAACAGCACUACUUACAUUCAGGAUGCUUUCCAGCUAUUGCUUCCAGUUCUGCAAAUCUCACAUAUCCAGACCAGUUGUUUGAAAGCGCAGGAGUGA